GACCCCCGCCGGCGCCGCCAAGGUCAGCGCCCCGGCGCGUCCCCGGUCCCUCGGCGGCCUCUGCCCGGCCGCGGACACUUGAGAGUUUAAAGAGGCUUUUCUUCCCCCGGGGGAAGGGGCAGGAGAAGGAGAAAAGAAGAGAAGGAGAAGGAAGGAGGGGCGGGCGGGGAGAGGCUGGCAGGGCAGGAGCCGGGCGGGGUGCUGGCUCGAACUGGAAAGGAACCGGUCCCAGCCCAGCCGGGGAGGCUGCGGGAGAGCCGGCAGCGCCGGGCGGCAGCGCUCGGGGAGGGCACACCGGCAUCGGCACCGGCAUCGACAUCGGCCCCGGCCCGAGCAGCCGCCGCCCGCCAUGGGCACGGAGCCUCGCGGUGGGUGUGUGAAGGCAGGGAAGAUGCCAGAAGGGGAGAAAACGAGGCAAUGUAAGCAAGAAGAGGAGCAGCAGCAGAAAGAAGAGGAGCAGGAGGGUCUCAUCGAAUUCUAUGGUUCCUACCAGGAGCUAUUCCAGUUCUUUUGCAGCAACACAACCAUCCACGGGGCUAUCCGCCUGGUGUGCUCCAAAAAGAAUAAGAUGAAGACAGCCUUCUGGUCCGUUCUCUUCUUUCUCACCUUUGGCUUAAUGUACUGGCAGUUUGGGAUCCUCUACAGGGAGUACUUCAGCUACCCUGUCAACCUCAACCUCAACCUUAACUCCGACAGGCUGACUUUCCCAGCCGUCACGCUGUGCACCCUCAAUCCAUACCGAUACAGCGCCAUCCGGAAGAAGCUGGAUGAGCUGGACCAAAUCACCCAUCAGACACUGCUAGACCUUUACGACUACAACAUGUCUCUGGCACGAAGCGACUGGUCCACGCUGUCCAUGCGAAAGCGUAGCUCAAGGAGCCUGCUCCAUCAUGUCCAGCGCCAUCCACUGCGAAGGCAGAAGCGGGAUAACUUAGUCAACUUGCCAGAGAACAGUCCCUCGGUGGACAAGAACGACUGGAAAAUUGGCUUUGUUCUGUGCAGUGAAAACAACAAGGACUGUUUCCAUCAGGCGUACUCCUCAGGGGUGGAUGCCGUGCGGGAAUGGUACAGCUUUCACUAUAUCAAUAUCCUGGCGCAGAUGCCUGAUGCAAAAGCCCUGGAUGAGUCUGACUUUGAGAAUUUCAUCUAUGCUUGCCGCUUCAAUGAAGCAACAUGUGACAAGGCGAAUUAUACCCACUUCCACCACCCCUUGUAUGGGAACUGCUAUACCUUUAACGACAACAGCAGCAGCCUGUGGACAUCCUCGCUGCCUGGGAUCAAUAAUGGUCUCUCUCUGGUGGUGCGCACCGAACAGAAUGAUUUCAUCCCUCUGUUGUCCACGGUGACAGGAGCCAGGGUCAUGGUCCAUGAUCAGAAUGAGCCAGCCUUCAUGGAUGAUGGGGGUUUCAAUGUGCGUCCGGGUAUUGAGACCUCCAUCAGCAUGAGAAAGGAGAUGACUGUGCGUCUUGGGGGCAGUUACAGUGAUUGCACAGAGGAUGGCAGUGACGUGCCAGUACAAAAUCUGUACUCAUCCCGCUACACGGAACAGGUCUGCAUUCGCUCCUGCUUUCAGCUCAACAUGGUAGAGCGCUGUAGCUGUGCGUAUUACUUCUAUCCCUUACCUGCUGGAGCAGAGUACUGUGACUACACAAAGCACGUGGCCUGGGGCUACUGCUAUUACAAACUUCUGGCUGAAUUCAAAGCUGACGUGCUGGGCUGUUUCCACAAAUGCCGGAAACCUUGCAAAAUGACAGAAUACCAGUUGUCAGCUGGAUACUCCCGCUGGCCUUCUGCUGUCUCAGAGGAUUGGGUUUUUUACAUGCUUUCACAACAGAACAAAUACAAUAUCACAUCCAAGAGGAAUGGAGUUGCCAAAGUGAAUAUCUUUUUUGAGGAGUGGAACUACAAGACCAAUGGGGAAUCUCCAGCCUUCACGGUAGUCACUCUGCUGUCCCAGCUUGGGAACCAGUGGAGUCUCUGGUUUGGAUCCUCUGUCCUGUCUGUGAUGGAGCUUGCAGAGCUGAUCCUGGAUUUCAUCGCCAUCACCUUUAUCUUGGCCUUACGCUGGCUCCGUUCCCGGCAGCAGCUCUCCCCACCGGCACCCCCCCCAAACAGUCACGAUAACACUGCUUUCCAAGACGAGGCACCAGCCCUCGGUGCUCCACACCGCUUCACUGUUGAGGCUGUAGUGACCACACUGCCAUCCUACAACAGCCUGGAACCACGUGGGCCAAGCAGGGAUGGUGAGGUGGGACACGAGUGAGCCAGUGGCUUAUUCCACAGUUCAGAUGGGUGACAAUUGAAGCAGAGGCUGCACGCUUUGGUGGGACCUGCAUUUCCUUAUUUCUGGGGUGCUCUACCUGGACUGUAGCGGAAGACUGUACUGUGGUUGGCCUGGGUUCAUUGCUUUCACUACUGUAGGUGAAUUCUUUGGUCUCAUAAAAUACUACUGCUCUGGGGAUCACCAGGGAUAAGAGUUCAUCUAGUGUACGUAUGGGGGAGAUGUCCACUUGGUUUCCUUACGCUCCUUGCACGUGCCCACCUCCACGUGCAUGCAUGCUUUCUUUUCCCUGCAACAAGGAUGCUGCCACAGUUCUGGUUUGUUGUUAAUUAAAGAGGUUUGGCAGGUA